CUACUUUUGUUUGGAAAAAUUGAAAUCGCAGCUGCUAGACGAGAAAAAAACUGAAAAUUGAUUGAAAAUUAAAGGAUUUUUGUAGUUUUUAGAAGAAAAUUGUAACGAAUUGAUCUCACAUCACAAUGACUGAAGCACCAAAGAAAAAUUGCAUCAAAGCUGUUGCUCGCAAAAAGAGCGGACCCAAAUUCGAGUUGACUGAGGAGCAAAAAAAUGAUGUUCAAGAAGCCUUUCAGAUUUUUGACACCGAAGGAAAGGGAUUCAUCGACAUCAAAGACUUAAAAGUUGCAAUUCGCGCCUUAGGUUUCGAGCCAAAAAAGGAAGAAAUUAAAAAGAUGGCAGCUGAAAUCGACAAAGACGGUGCCUCAAAGCUCUCCUUCGAAGACUUUUUGGGUCUCAUGACAUCUAAAAUCGCCGAAAAAGACGCCAAAGAGGAAAUUCUCAAGGCAUUCCGUUUGUUCGACGAUGACCAAACCGGAGCAAUUUCCUUCAAAAAUCUCAAACGAGUCGCAAAGGAGCUUGGCGAGAACUUAACUGAUGAGGAGUUAUCGGAAAUGAUCUCUGAAGCGGAUCGAGAUGGCGACGGCGAAAUAAAUCAAGAUGAAUUUUUGCGAAUUAUGAAGAAGACGAGCUUGUAUUAACUUUCAAACGUCAUUCCAGUAUUAAUUUUUAAUUUAUUUUUUAAGAAAAAUUCCCGUGCAAGCACAAAAAAAUUAUUUUAGAAAAAAAUCUCACCUGAAAAAAAUUUAAAAUUAUGAAAAAAUUCAAUUUUUUGUAAAAAAUCAUAAAAAUAAAGUAUAGAUGACCAUAUAAUAAUAUAUAUUUAUUAAAUUUGUGAGGA